AUGCAGCGUAUCAUCGAGCAGAAGCAAAUGAAAGACUUUAUGGGGCUGUACUCGGGCCUCGUCGAGCGCUGCUUCUCUGGCUGCAUCAACGACUUUACGUCGCGCGCCCUCACGACCAAAGAGACUGAGUGUGUGUCUCACUGCACGCAAAAGUUCCUGAAACACUCGGAACGUGUGGGAGCACGCUUCUCUGAGGAGAAUGCUCGUCUCAUGGGUCAGCAGCAGUAA